UGAGAACAUGGGUUUGCUUUUCUCCUUCUUUGAAUAUUAUUCGGACACAGAACAUCAUAAUCACUUCACCAACAUCAAACUAUUAUCAACAAGAACAAAACUAGGUUUCUGGUGCCUGGUGGUAUCUUCUUCCAAUACCAUGGGCGCGGAUGAGAGAAGUAGCCCAUCGCUGGAUCAUAGAUUGGAAACUGGAUUUCGACAACUCGUAUCUUGCAUCUAAAAUAUCACUCCAAGUUUCUCUGAUUCUCUGGUUCAAAUCGAAAUACUAUCUUGUGUUCUGCUUCCGUAUGUUUCCAGCAGAGUUUUCAUCUUCUGUGAAUAGUAGCUUACUCGUGCCUGUUGCUGUUGGGUGUUUUAGAGGUGAAGUGUGUUUGGUGUUUAGUAUACUGCAACGUUGAGCACUUAGAAAUCUUAAUCAACGCUUCUCUUUACUCAUAAGUACAAAUAUUACUUGUGGGUUUAUUAGUUUCUGGACUAACCUGUUUAGUUCUCUGUUCUUAAAACUGUAAUAAAUUGAAAUUUUUUAUAGGACCCUUUAUGGUGUAUUAAUUAGAGCUUAUGAUUGCUUGAUGUACGACCUUUUACUAACCGGGUAUUUGCUCUCAGCGAUAUCGACGAUAUGAUGAGGGUUGCUGAGGAGGAGUCACUUGACUUGAGUAGAAAGAGGAAACUGCCAGCUGAAGAAUCAGACAUGUUACCCUUACCGAAACACUUUUGUCUGGAGCAGCAACAAGCCUCGCUUCCUGAUUCUUCAUCUCCAUCCUCAGAUAUAGAAUCGGCGGAAUGCUCUUAUGCUAUGGAAGACACAAAAACCGGAGAUGAUACCUCUUCAUCUUCUGCAUCUGUGUGCAUGUCUAAAGACUCUUGUUAUUCAACCGGAAGUUCAAGUUGGAGUUCUGGUUAUGCAACGUCAGGCACAGAUCAAUGCUGUUCCAAAGGUACUGACAAAAUACAAGAAUAUGUUGAAGAGCUGGAGUUUAUUUGUCCCGAGUAUGCGGUUGAAGAUAUUCAAGAGCUUAUAGGGUGUCAAGAUUCAAAUGUAUAAGGGUGGAGCGUCGUUAGCAACCAAG